CUGUGAUAAACAUUCAUGAUUUCUCUGUGUUUCUCAGUUCUGUCUUUGUCCUGUGUUUGUCUGACGGAGGAGCUUCAGUGUUCUGUGUGUCUGGAUGUGUUCAGUGAUCCAGUCAGCACUCCAUGUGGACACAACUUCUGCAGGAGCUGUCUGAAACAGUGCUGGGACAUCAGUCUCAUCUGCUCGUGUCCUAUGUGUAAAGAAACCUUCAGUAAAAGACCAGACCUCAAGAUCAACACCACACUUAAACAGCUUGCGCUGCACUUUAAGGAAAAGUUCAGUCUGACAAGAUCUGAAGUUCUCUGUGACAUCUGUGAUGAAAGAAAGCUGAAAGCCCUGAAGUCCUGUCUGGUGUGUCAGGCAUCUUACUGUGAAACUCACCUGGAGCCUCAUCAGAGAGUCCCAAACUUCAAGAAACACAAACUGAUGGAUCCUGUGGAGAAUAUAAAGGACUAUAUAUGUCAGAAACACGAGAGACCUCUGGAGCUCUUCUGUAGAGAUGAUCAGACGUGUGUGUGUGUGUUUUGUACCGAUGGAGACCACAAGACUCACAACACUGUUCCUCUAGAGGAGAUGAGUAAAGACAAGAAGACUCAACUGAAGAAGACACAGACAGACGUUCAGCAGAUGAUCCAGGAGAGAAUCAAGAAGAUUCAAGACAUCAAACACUCAGCCGAACUCAGAAAAAGAAGCACGGAUGAGGAGAAAGCAGCUAGUGUUGAGGUGUUCAGCGCUCUGAUCAGAUCCAUUGAGAGACGUCAGACUGAGCUGCUGGAGAUGAUGGACGAGCAGCAGAAAGCAGCAGAGAAACAGGAUGAAGAUCUCAUUAAAGAUCUGGAGCAGGAGAUCACUGAGCUGAAGUGGAGAGACAGUGAGCUGGAGCAGCUCUCACACACUAACCAUCAUCUCUACCUCCUACAGGUCAGUGUCUCUACAAAAUGGCGGACAGGCCGAUCAUCCAAUCGUGACAGAAUCGUAAUCGCACGAUCCGGCAUGACACAAGGAAUCCGUAGACACCGAGAUCUCGGUUUUCUGACAAACAUUUCAAAAAUGCAGCAGUAUGCAGUGGAUGUGACUCUGGAUCCUGAUACAGCUCAUCCAGAACUCAUCCUGUCUGAAGAUGGAAAACAAGUGAAACCUGGAGACAUUAGACAUGAACUCCCAGAUAAUCCAGAGAGAUUUGAUAAAUGUGUCUGUGUUCUGGGAAAAGAGGGAUUCUCCUCAGGGAGAUUUUAUUUUGAGGUUCAGGUGAAGGAGAAAACUGAAUGGGAUUUAGGAGUGGUCAGAGAAUCUUUUAACAGGAAGGGAAUGAUCACAUUGAGUCCUCAGUAUGGUUACUGUUCUGUGUUUCUGAGGGAUGAGAAUGAUUAUUGUGCCUGUGUUGUUCCCUUUGUCUCUCUGUGUUUGAGAGUGAGUCCACAGAAGGUGGGGGUGUUUGUGGAUUAUGAGGAGGGUCUGGUCUGUUUUUAUGAUGUGGACAACAGAUCUCAUAUCUACUCUUUCACUGGUCAAACUUUCACUGAGAAACUCUUUCCAUACUUCAGCCCAUGGCUUAAUAAUGAAGGUAAAAAUUCAGCCCCACUGAUCAUCUCACCUGUUCAUUACAACAAAUGAAUUUACACACAUACUGUAAAAUACUACAUAAAAUCAAAGUUUUGUAGAAUAAUAAAUAUUUGUGGAAAAUAUCACCCCAAUAUUAUCUCUCAAAAUCUGAAAUGAUUACAAAUUGAAUUGUCUACAAAAUAUGAUUAAUAUUUUCACACAAAUGUUCAAUGAUCACCAAAUUAAACUACAACUGAAUACAUUUCUAUAACUGUCUGAUUAUUGUCUUUCAGCUUUAAAUUCUUGUGCCAGGUUUGAUAUUCAGAUCUCAGGUUUAUUUUCAUAUAUAGGUUUCUUUUUUAAAUGUAAGAUACUGUGUAUAUAUAUAAGUUCCUGUUGAUCCGAAAGUUACUGUAUCUUCAGAUUUGAACAAAUGAAAACAUUACAGAUAAUUAAUUUGUGCUUUUUUAAUCAUAUAAAAGCCAGGUUUGAACAGACAUCUCUAUUUUCCCAUCCCAUUUUGCAUCCUUUUGAUAUUAAACAUCUAAAAGGUCUCUUGAACUCGUCUCAACUGUUUUACUAAAUGACCCAGCAUUUUUCUAUCAGCAUCAACAGGUGAAGCAGAGACAUGGAAUAACAAGAAGCUUUGCUAAAAUGUUUACACGCUGUCAUGGUUCUGCCACGAGACCAAGAAAGACAUGACAAGAGAGGCAGAACCAUGACGGAACCCCAUGUUUCAUGUGGAGGGAGGUAAUUUUGGCCCUUUUGGCUUGCCAUACUCUCUCCGGUCGUCUCUGUUCCCGCCCACUCAUCUCCUCGUUAUUCCUCGUUUAUUGUUUCAUUCCCUUCACCUGUUCCCCUCUUGAUUUAUCCCCUUUAUAAUGCCCUUGUGUUUUCUGUCCCGUGCUGGUUCAUUGUCAUUCGUGUUAUUUGUCUGGUGAGUUCUUGUUCCCUGUCAAAUCUAGUUUAGUUAAUUGUAGUCCUUGUUUAUGUUAUCUCCAGUCUGGUUUCAGUGUAGUUAGUCUUAGUCCUGUCUUGUCAUGUCGUGAUCUUCCCUUGUUUUAUUAU